AGGCGCCGAGUGUAAUUCCUGCAUCCAUCAGUUGAGAAUGGCGGCUGCUGCGUGCAGUGCGCAGAGCACGCUGAGCGGCUGCCCGGGGAAACUUCACAGAGAGCCCGCGAAAAAGAGCCGAGACUCUCGGAGAAGAGCAGCGCUGCUGUUUCUCACCAACAUUUCCCUCGACGGUCGGCCGGUGCUGCAGCUGAACGACGCGGCCCUCAGCGGACCCGAGCUCGAGGCCAGCGACCUGGGCUCCGCCGCGGGCGAACUCUCUCCGACGGCGAGCAGCUGCGGUACCUUCCCCAGCCUCUCUCCCUCGGGAAGCUGCGGCGGCCUCAGCCCCUCCAGCGCGCUCGGGCUCCUCACCGUGCCGCCUAUCCUCGUGCUGCCGUCUGACUCGGACUACGAACAUGAGGUGUUUUCCGAGCGGGAAAGCGGCUCUUUCUCGUCGCAGGGGAACCUCCUGUCCCCGUCCAGCCUCCAGCCCACCCCGCUCGGACCGCGCAAGUCGCCCACGCUGCUCUCCGUGCAGAGCUGCGGCUCGUCUCUGGACUCCAGACCGAGGACCCGCAACCUGUCCGGUUCUCCUCGGCCACGCUCCCUGAAGAAGGUCCAUUUCAUUAAGAACAUGAGACAGUAUGACACCAGAGGCAGCAGGAUUGUGCUCAUCUGUGCCAAGAGAUCACUGUGUGCUGCAUUUUCUGUGCUGCCAUAUGGAGAGAGCUUCCACAUAAGUGACCCAGCCCUGAACGCCCAACGGCGGAGGCAUUCGUCCGGAGGGAUUUCCACACUGGACAUGUUUCCUGGACUGGAGGGUGUUGAGUUGGGCAUGUAUGGCAGGACGGUAUCCUAUGCCCAGUUCCUGUACCCCACUAAUGCUUUAGUUCGUGAAAAGCCACCAGAGAUUGCUCUGCAGAUGCCCUACUCCAGAAACAGCAUCCCAUGCAGCUACCCUCCAUCACGCCUCAACAGCACUGUAGGCUUCGACCUGGGUCUUGAUGACGCUGAUUAUGAUCCCAACCUGCUAAGUGACCCACAGUGGCCUUGUGGGAAGCACAAGAGAGUGCUGAUCUUUGCCUCCUACAUGACUACUGUGAUAGAGUAUGUGAAACCGUCAGAUCUGAAGAAGGACAUGAACGAGACCUUUAAGGACAAGUUUCCUCACAUUAAACUCACACUCAGCAAGAUCAGGAGUCUGAAGAGAGAGAUGCGUGUUGUGGGGGAGGAGUGCAGUCUACAGCCGGUCACUCUAGCCAUGGCAUUCGCCUACUUUGAGAAGCUGGUGCUGCAGGGCCAUCUGAACAAGCAGAACAGAAAGCUGGUAGCAGCCGCGUGCCUUCUGCUGGCCGCCAAGAUCAGCAGCGACCUCAAGAAACAAGAGGUCAAACAGCUGAUUGAUAAACUAGAGGAGAGGUUUCGUAUCAGCCGACGGGAGCUGAUCUCAGUCGAGUUCACUGUGCUGGUGGCUCUAGAGAUGGCCCUCUACCUGCCUGAAAGCAAGGUGAUGCCCCACUACCGCAGACUGGUCCAGCAGGCCUGAGCCUCAAUACAGCAGCUCAGAGAAGUUCUACAGAUCCUCCCGAACACGAGGCUGCAAAACGUGAUGUUGCUGUGCGUUGAAUUUUUUCCGUGUUCAGCACUGAUGUAUAUCUACACUGAGCUCUGAGGAGGGGAUCUAUUUAUAGACUUCAGGCCAGCACUGAGCCUUUGUGGUUUUUCGUUAAGAUUUGUUUUGGGCUUUUUUUUCCUUCACAUGGGACUAAUUUGAGAGAUGAAAUGGCAGUGGAUGUGAAGAGGAUGCUUUAAAUCAACUCCUAAAGACUCUAAAUGACAAGGGAAGAGCUUUUCCCAGAGCCUGUGUGGACAUUUAUGUACGCACGUGGGUUUUUUGUUUGUUUGUUUGUUUGUUUGUUUUUGUUUGUUUUCUAACAUUCCAUGGCAGUUUACCAAACAAAACAACUAUUUAUAAUUUAAAAAAAAAGACCUCUCCUUUUGUAAUCACUUUACUGCAUAUUAUAUUUAUAACCACACUGAUGUAACUCGUUUAACUUACUAUUACUGUGUAGUUACUUACUAUUACUGUUAGAUUCAGGUAAUUCAUCCAUAUAAUCUUAUGCAGUGAGUUUUCUUGCACGGUAUUGAUCACUCGUAGUACACCCUGGUAGCAUUGUGAGUGACCAGUAUGACCGUAUUCUGUGUUAUGAGAUUUUUAAGGCUUUGCACUAAGGCUCUGAUUGUGAAAUGCUCUAUAUUAGAGCUAAUUCAGACUAAUGCACGUUUAAUGUGCUUCUGUAUUCCAUUUUCUUCCUCCUUAGGCUUUUAAAAACAUAGACUGUGCCCCUGGUUUACUUACCUUAACUCAUUUUUCUCAGUGCCGUGUUUAUGAUGGCUCCAGGAUGUAAUGUAAUAUACCCUGACAUUUCAUCUCUGCUUUGAAAAUGUCACUGUGGUGUCUGUGCUAUACUAUCAAAUGUGGUAGCCAAAGCGAAACCUGCAGAGUGCUUCCUCGUCUUCUAGUAUGCUUAAAAAAACGCCCACAAAUUUAACGUUAACCAACGUUAAUGGAACCCUUUCUUUAUUUGCUUUAAUGCAUAUCUCUUCACUGUGAUUGACCCAACACUCCAUAGACACCCGAUGUCUAAAUGAUGGAAAGUAUGGCUGAUGGUUCUGCUUGUGGUGAGAUUUUGGUCAGUUGUCACAUUAAAAAAGCUUCCAGCACUGUGUCGGUGUGUUUAAAGCAGCAGCCGAGUCCAGUUAGGCUACAUGUAUCCUAACUGGACUGCCUACGUGUUGCUUUAAACACGUUUUGAGUGCAGUUGACUACGGUGGAACUGUCACUGACCUAAAAUCAUGACUACUAGAGCAUCUUGUUCAAUUCCUGUCUUCCAGCACUUUUAGGGUUUGUUUUUUUAUUUAUUGACGGUCAUUUACAGUUUCCAUACAUGUGGUCAGUAACUGUUAUGUAUUGGUAUUUAUAUAUAUAUAUAUAUAUAUAUAAAUAUAUAUAUAUUAAUGUUAAGUAAAAAUUAUAUGUAUGUUCCCUGCACACAGUAUUGUGCAAAGGUUAGAGACCACCAUUCAUUUAUUUAACUUCCACUCAAAACAGUCAUUAAACAUACGGUAUAUUUAAUAUUUUUCAGGUGAUAUUUCUGAGGAGAUAAUCCACUUGCAUAAGGAAGAGGAAAAAAUAUUAAUUGAUUGAGAAAAUUGGGCUCUUAGAACUUUGCGAGACCUGGCUUGUGUAGUGUAGUGGGUAACACCUCUGCCUUCUGCGCUGUAGACUAGGGUUCAGUUGCCUAGGCAAGCACCCUGCACUAAUACCAGUAAGAGUCCUUAGGCAACACUAACUUCACCGACCUGGGUAAAAUGAUCAAGUUGUAAGUUGCUCUGGAUAAGAGCGUCUGCCAAAUGCUGUAAAUGUCAAAGGUAGACCAUGAAACUGCCACCAUCAGAUAAACAGUGCUUACCCCUUAUAUGGGGUUAAUGCGUUUGUUACUCUGUGGUCUGGUGGACUCGCCACAUAUUGAAUAUAAUAUUAUUAAAAAUACAUAUAUUUAGGUGUAAUUUGUUAAAUAUAGGUUUAAUGUUUAAAAAUCAACUUGUGCUUAAUGGCCAUUUUGACUGGAAGGGUAGUCUCUGACUGGCAUGAUACUGUUGCUACUGUGAUCAGAGACUACGACCAAAUCAGACCUUUGCACUUUAGCCGUGUGCUGUGUUCAAGCUGUAUUGUAGUAUUAACGUCCCAGCAAGGAAUUGCUGAAAUUGGCCUUGCUGAGUUUAUGGUAAAUAUACACAACACAGUGUUUAGUGGGUGCAAUUUCUCUUUGGGCCUUAAAGGGACUGGUAUGAGGUUCUCUCUCUCUCUCUCUCUCUCUACCCAAGAUAUUUAUCAUUAUGCAAUACCUGUGUGAAAUGAGACUUGUGUUCACAGUGAUAUUUUGUAGCACUUCAGGCACCAUCUUGUGGUAAAUGUUGGCAAUAACCACGCCACUGAGGAAAUUGCUGAUGAGACAGUUUUGCUUUGUGGUGUGAAAUCUUUUUCCCCUCUCAGGUUGUACAUGCAAAUUCCAGAUGGUUGACAUGAAGUACUUCUUUAUUUGUGUAAGAACUGCUGAUCAGACUGUGAGAGUCAGUUUCAGCAGAGUAGUGUAAACAGCAGACUUUUUGACUGUGGAUUUGUACACUAGGUUAACUCAGACUUAGCCUCAUAAUGGCUUGUUGUAAGUGCCUGAUGGAGUUAUUGAUCAUUUGUAAAUAUGAGACUCUAAUCCCAACAGUAGCACUAUAUUUAUGUAAUUCAUGCGAGUCCUGCAUCAAUGAUUAGACAGUGUUCUACCUAGUGCUGUCAAGUGAGAUGAAUAUGUGGAGGUUGUGAACAGAAACUCAAUGCUAUUGGCUGCUUCAGCUCAUAGUGCAGCUGGAUAAGCCAGUGCUUAGGCUGAUGUGGAGAUGCAGUAUUUUGUGUCACCCAGUUCCUCCUGUGAUUCUAUAGUUGUGCUGCCAAUCGAACAACAAUUAUUAGAUUAUAAAAGCCAGUUUAUCGUCCCCUUUUUAAAUGAUGUCAUGUGCAUAUUGUGUAUAAAACAUGGAACAAAUGGGCACCUCACUAUGUGCUCGGCUGAAUUUGUAUUUGUCGACUCAUUUUUCUUCUGUAUUAUUCAUUACGUUUUCCUGUGAUGUGCACCUGCUUUCAUAUAUAUUGUACCUGUAUGAUAAAUACUGUAUUGUUUUUAUUGUUUAAUAUAUAAUACUAAGAGCACUUUUGAAAAUAUAUUUUCUGAAUCACUGUUA